UCUGUCUAAAGCAGUCAACAAAAGCUCUCUAUUUCAUCCGUCCCCGGACACCACCAUGACAGCUCAAUUGCUGCUUCUCCUGCUAUUUGUGAUUUUGAAUCCAGGGGAGCUAUUCUUGGGUGUAAUUGGUAAGCCCCAGAAGGCGAAACAUGAAUUGACAUCAUCCAGUGAGGAAUCCUGUCAUUUCCCGUUCCGUUACCAACGCAAAAUGCACUAUUCCUGUCUUCCUGGUGGCUUUCUUAAAUCUCAGCGCUGGUGCGCCACCACAGAAAACUAUGACGGAGACCAACAAUGGAAGUUUUGUCAGAAAGAGGAAAGGCCAACAGGGUACUGUGAUCCUAACCCCUGCCAGAAUGGGGGUGCAUGCGAAGCUAGGAAAGCUGGAUUCCACUGCACCUGCACAGCUGGUUUCCAUGGGAGACGCUGUGAGAAAGAAGGCUGCUUUGGAUCACAAAGACGGUUGCAUGUUGGCAAGAAGGAAACAUGGCUGCAACAUUUUCCUUUUACUGGACUGAAGGAAUGCCACUGUAACAGAAAGAACAUUCUCUGCAGGACAGUGCAUGGAAAAGCUUGCAGAAGCAACCCCUGUCUGAAUGGAGGUCAGUGCACACAGCUGGGUCAGAACUUGGUCUGCAGCUGCCCUGAAAAUUUUUCUGGACCACUGUGUGACAUAGAUCACACUGAAAUCUGCUACAGUGGGAAUGGGCACCUAUACCGAGGCAUGGCUCAGAGUAGUUCCUCAGGGGCACCUUGCUUACCCUGGGACUCCCCGAUCCUGCUUAUGGAGUAUUCCAUCAAACUCAGGAAUGCAGUAAGCCUGGGCCUAGGGGAACAUGCCUUCUGCAGAAAUCCAGAUAACGACACCCAGCCAUGGUGUUUCUUGCUACAAGACAGAAGAAUCACCUGGGAGUACUGUAACAUUACCCGCUGUUACCCCCAAAGUGCUGGUGCGGUCGGAGAAGAGGCAGGUUCUGCUCCAGGAGGUGACGCUGCGGAUAGCUCCCCCUGGUUGGUGGAAGGUGUGGCCACAGGCGGUGAACUGAUAACAAAAGCAACAGGAGCACCUCUGGAAGAGAUGACCACGAGCCAUGUGAUUAGCAAACCCAAGUCUGCCACUAGCUCAGCUCCCGUUUGUGGACAACGCUAUACAAAAGUUGUUUCCUCACGCAGCCGUAUCGUAGGGGGUAUGGUAGCACUUCCUGGUGCCCAUCCCUAUCUUGCUGCUCUCUACAUUGGAGACCAAUUCUGUGGAGGAAGCCUCAUUGAUUCCUGUUGGAUCCUGACUGCUGCACAUUGUCUGGAAUUCAGGCCAGAUGUGUCUAGAAUUUCAGUGGUGCUUGGCCAGAUCUUCUACAACACCAGCACUGAAGGCACUGUGAAGUUCCAGGUACAGAAGUAUCAACUGCAUGAGAAUUAUUCACAAAUAACUAAGGAGCAUGACAUUGCUUUGGUGCAACUGAAGGAAAAGUCCCCAGGACAUUGUAUUGGAUUUUCAAACUCCAUUUCACCUAUAUGUCUGCCUGGUUCCUUGGAGACAGCUGACAGCAAUGGACACUGCCAAAUUGCAGGAUGGGGACAUAUGUAUGAAGGAGCUGACAAACUCUCUGUAUAUCUGCAGGAGGCAGAUGUGCCCAUCAUUCCCCAUGAGCAGUGCCGUUCCCCAGAGGUACAUGGGUCCCAGAUUACCCAACACAUGCUAUGUGCAGGGUAUCUGGAAGGAAGAAUCGAUGCAUGCCAGGGAGAUUCUGGCGGGCCCCUGGUAUGUGAAGAGCGAGGCAAGGCCACCAUCCGUGGCAUUGUCAGCUGGAGCACAGGCUGUGCCCAAAGGAGCAAACCUGGGGUUUACACCAAUGUCGCUCGCUACCUCAGCUGGAUUCAGAGCAACAUGCAUUAGCAAGCCAGAGAGUGGAAAGCCAGUGAAAUUGAAAUCCUGGAUCAUGCGGCAGCUCUCCCCAUGGGCUUGAACAUCUUCUUCUCUCUUAUUGUAUGUGCAGUUCCCUAGGCUAGAUGCUGAACGUUACAGAAUCAGAGGAUACCAGUUGUGUGGGUUACUUUUGGGGAUAAUAAAUCAACCUGCACCAAA